UCAAAUUGGAUCAAAUAUUAUUGUUAUUAUUUAUUUGAUCUGAAAUUCAAUUUAGAGAUUUACUAUUUAAUUUAUUAAUGGUUAUCAUGACAGUAUAAUAUUUAUUUUUGCUGAGCUUGAUUUCUAUGGAAAUUUGGAUUAAAUUACGUUAUUAAUAUUUUAUUUCUUAUUUUGUGUAACGUCAGUUAUCUGCUCUGAAUAUGAUUGAACUCUCAGCAAAAUUAACAACGGGGUCAGUUUAUUUGGCUGGUGAGGCGUUAGAAUGCUGUAUUACAUUUUGCCAUACGACGCAGCCAGAACAUAGGAACUCACAAAGUCAUAGUGAUAUUCUAGAAAGUUUAGCUUGGGUGUCAGCUCAAAUACACUGUUUUUACUCCACAUCAGGGAAUAGUGGUGAAAAGACUCCAACUAUAGGCAGGAAAACUGCUUUGGAGGUAACCUCAUGUGAUAUUGGUGAUGUUAUAUUCCACACAAAACCAAAAAUAUUAUUUUGCGACCUGACCAUACCCCUGGGUGAAAGUAAAACAUUUUGGUAUAGGGAAUCAAUACCAAUUGAGGCACCACCAUCAUAUAGAGGCACAUCGGUUAAAUAUUCCUACAAAAUAACAAUAGCCACACAGAAAGUGGGCUCUCAUAUCAAAAUGGUCAGAAUACCAUUUAGAGUCCUACCAAUUAGUCCAAUUAUGAACAUGCAGGAUCUUGCAGCAUUAUGUGGCAAUGAAACUACAGAAGAACUUCAGCCAACUAAUCCAUUCUCUGAAGAGAGAAAAGUUGAAACUACAUUGUCUAUGGCAUUACAAGUAUUACAGAAUCUUACAGCCAGACGAAGUCCAAACUCAUAUAUGAUAACAAAUACCAGGGGUAAAGUGGGCAGAUUUUGUUUAUUUAAAUCUGCUUAUAAAUUAGGAGAAGACAUAGUUGGCACUUUUGAUUUUUCUGUUGGCACUGUCACAUGCAUGCAGGUUUCAGUAUCAUUACAACCAGAAGAAAUUGUGACAUCAAAAUCGCCAUCUAAGAAUGUAAAUAAGGAAAAUAGUAGCAGAUCUAUGACAGUGGCUCGGUAUCAUGAAGUCACUUUAGGGCUAACACAUUCCCAACUUAUAUUACCAAUACCACUGCACAUAACUCCUGCAUUUGAAGCAGAUGAAGUUUCACUGAGAUGGCGUCUACACUUCGAGUUUGUAACAACCAAUGACAAACUAUUACCAAACCCUGAGGACAAAGAUUGGAAUGCACCACUCAAUGUACCUAUUGAGACAAUGGUCUGGAAUCUCCCUGUUAAAAUCUAUUCCACAUUACCCAAACAAAUACAGCAACAUUCUGUGGGAAAUGAUGCAUACACUAUGUAUAUAAAGUGAUCUAUGUUUGAGGAUUUAUAUGAAACUGCGUGUUGCAUGAGACCUAGCAGUGUGCUAUUGCACAGGAUGAGUGAAAUAUCAGAUAACCCCUAUUUGUACUAUAUUAUGAGAGUAAUCAUGCAUUAAUACCAAAUAGCAUACCUUAUUUCCUGUGAUAAAGAAUGAGUUAUGCUUUGCAGGGACUUACUUCUCAUUGUAAUAAAACAGAAAAUAUAAAAUGUAAUGUAUAAAAUAUUUAAUUAAAAUAGACUGCAUUAUUUGUACAUUUGUAAUAGAAUUAAUAUAAGUUAGUUAAGUUUUUCAUAUUUAUAACUUAUGAAGUUAUAUAUCUACAUUAGGUUAGU